AUGGACCAGGAACAGUUGCGUAAACGCAUGUCUCAAAUUGAGCUAGAAAUAGAGGAGAUGAAUAGUGUAAUUGACGAGAAUUUGCAGCUGGGCAAAAUCGAGAAGUUGGACGAAGAAGAAUUGGACAAUAAGGUGGAUGAUGGUAAGAUUGACGAGAGAAAGGAGCUACGAGCCAAAUUUCUGGCCAACUGUGAGCGUGGAACGAGAUCGAGUGGUGAUAAAGAAGGGCAAGAAGCAGGGUCCAAAAAGGAAGAGGUAACGAGUAAAAUGGCGGAUUUGAGUAUGAUUGGUGAUGAGUUUGAGGGACCGAAGCUUUCCAUAAAGUCUGGAAAUGGGUUAGAAGAUGAGAACGAGAAACAGAAGAUUUUUGUGGAUUCUAAAGACAUGGUAAACAGCGAGAUCGAGCCCCAGAAGCUGUCCAUGAAGUCUGGAAACGUGGUAGAGGAUGAUUUCAAAGUACCGGCAAGUCCAAGUGCGAACGAUAAUAAUCUACAACGUCCCAUCCCAACUGGUGAAACAAAGCAGAUACAAGAAUCAUUGCCUCUCGAUACGACCGCAAAAAAACUGAGUGCUCCUAAUGGCUUUGACGAAAAACCUCCAACUCCGGCUAUCACAAAUUCUGGGCCCCUACACGAAUCUUUCGAGGAACAGCCGGAAACUUUCACAAGCCCAAGUAAUUCACCUCAGCCUCAACUACUUCCAAAGACUCGGAAACCCACCGCUGAUCCCUCUGCCACCCAGCCACUCAACACCCCACAGCAGCCCCGUCAUACCUCCAACCCCAGUCCGUUUCGCGUCGUAUCAAUCUCGAAGCAAACAGAACAUGGUCAAGCCCAAAAACUUCAGACUCGCCACCACUACCUUUCCGGAAAGUGUACUAAAUUACAGCGAGAAAUUCAAUAUCUCUCGGAUUUACGAGAUCGUGGAGCUUUGGCACCUGAGGACUCUCGCAAAAUUUCCAGUGCUUUGCAAAAACUACAAGAAUACCUGGAUCGCAAAAACAAGGAACGUUACGAAGUGGGGGUACUAUUAAGCCGACAGCUAAGACGAGAAAUCGAUCGCGGUGAAAAUGGUCAAUUUUGGGUAGGAAAUUAA